AUGGCCGCAGAUCCUGAUGACCCAUAUUCCUGCUCUGAGGCGAAGCCCUGCAGCAACGGUGCCUGCUGUGCCAAGACUGGCGUUUGCGGCUAUGGUCCCGACUCUUGCGGUACCAAUGAUGAGUCGCCCAACGACAAGUGCUGGAGCAACUGCGAUGCUCACGCUGAGUGCGGUCGCUAUGCUGAGGAGCCUGGCAAGACAUGCCCUCUCAAUGUUUGUUGUAGCCGGCAUGGUUUCUGUGGCAUGACAUCAGAGUACUGUGAUGAGUCGGAUAACGAAGAUGAGAGUUGUCAAAGCAACUGUAGCCAGCCCGGCUCCGGCGGAUCCGGUGGCGAUGUACAGAAGCGCGUCAUUGGAUACUACGAGGCGUGGAACUGGAAAAAGAAGUGCAUCGGCAUGAGCAUGGAGGACAUUCCCGUCAACAGCCUCACACACAUCUACUAUUCCUUUGCCUACAUCAAGCCCGAGACGUAUGAAAUCGUCCCCAUGCAGGAUGAAAAGGAUGGAACGCUCACCACUGAGACCUUCUCUCAGUUUACCUCGCUGAAGAGGAAGAACCCCUCCCUCAAGGCCGUCGUCGCUCUCGGUGGCUGGACUUUCAAUGACAACAACACUAUCUGGCAGCCUGUUUUUAGCGACCUCUCCUCCACCAAGGAGAAGCGGGCCACUUUCCUUGAUGAACUACUCAAGUUCAUGAACCGCUAUGGCUUUGACGGCGUUGACAUUGACUGGGAGUACCCUGGUGCCCCUGACCGAGGCGGGAAACCAGAUGACGGCGAGAACCUUACCAAGCUAUUCAAGGAGAUGCGCACCACGUUCGACAAGACCCCCGGCAAGCGAAAAGAGAUCUCGUUCACUGCACCAACAAGUUACUGGUACAUGCGCCACUUCGAUAUCACCGGCUCUGCAGAGGCCGUUGACUACGUCAACGUCAUGUCCUAUGAUCUUCACGGAAUCUGGGACGCCAACAACCCCAUAGGCUCCAAGGUGCUGGCGCACACCAACCUAACAGAGAUAGACCUCGCCCUGGAUCUUUUCUGGCGCGGUGCUGAUCCGGGCCCUUGCACCGCCAACUCGGGUACUCUGGCAUAUUUUGAAAUCAUGGACAUAGUUGACAAGUAUGAUCUUACACCGUACUGGGACGAGAAGGACGCUGUCAAGUACAUCACAUGGGGCGGGGAUCAGUGGGUGUCUUACGAUGACCAUGACACGAUCCAGCAAAAGAUCGAGUUUGCCAAUGCUUUGGGCUUGGGAGGCCUGCUCAUCUGGGCAGUUGACCUUGACAACAAGGAGCUCGACGCGCUGGCAGCUGUGCUACAUCCCAAAGGCUUCGGAGCCUAUAAGGAUCACUCGACUGUAAACCCUUGGACAGAGCUGGGGGAAGGCCAUUGCACCGUCAAUGACUGCGGUACAACCGGAUGCAAGUCGGGCUAUAUUGAAGUGGAUAAGUUUGACUGUGGUAGUUAUACUUGGAAGCAGGCAAGCGUCUGCUGUCCUUUCGCCUCGGCUCCCGACCCAGACAAGUGCCACUGGAGAGGCAAUGGUUAUCCCUGCAAUGGCCAGUGCCACCCGGGAGAGGUCGCAAUCGCCUCGAGUACAACAGCUGGUGGUGGCUUGAUUUGCACCGACGGCCGCAAGUUUCUCUGCUGCGAAGCAGAAGCUGAGAAGCCAGAAUGUCGAUGGACCGAUUGCAGAGAAGAGUGCAAUUCA